AUGGGAAAAUCUGAUGAAGCCUUACAAUUAUGCGAUCAAGCAGACGUAAUUGAUAAUUUAAUAAUCUCAUCUCUAAAAUUAUUUGGAUAUUUACUAGUAUUAUUAUAUAAAAUUACAGAUGAUGAAAUCGUUAAGAUAUACGACAAUGCUACGCGUAAGAAUCCCAAUAAUGAAGAACUCAGUAAUCAUUGGUUCAUGGCAAUGGUUCGAAAUAGUGAUUUUAAGGGACAGCAGCAAGCUGAGAAUGCACCGGCUAGUCAAUCAGGAAUUUUUUUAGAAUUAGCCGAGCAUGUCUUAGAAGGUGAACUGGGUAAAAAAUGCAAAGAAGACGUUGAAAUUAAUCGCAUUCGGAAUGAUUUGUUCCUUAAAACAGGCAAUUGGAUUAAAGCGAUUGAGAUGAGCAAAAAGUCGUUAACAGAAUCGAAUCCGGAUGACUGGAACAGUUAUAUCACGUAUUUAGAAUCCUAUUUACAUCUACUUUCUGAACCUAACAAGAGUGAGAAUGCUCCUGCCAACUUGGACGAAGCUCGUGAGUUUUUGUAUUCAUUGCAAAAAAGUGUGACAGAAAGCUCUGAAAUCAAACGUGGUCCUUUUCUUGCUGAGCUUAAGUUGGAAAAGUACAUAGACGAAAAAUUAAAAGAUUGUAUGUUUGGAUCCAAAGCAUGCUGCUUCGAAGAUUUGCAACUUUAUUUGAAAGAAAUUCAUAUAGAUUCGGCUAAAAAAAUAAUCGACAAAUUCAAAGCCACAAUCGACGAGUCGGAUGAUGAUAAGAUUCAAGAAUUCGUUGCACUUCGGAAAGAACUUGAAAAUUCUUUACAGAAAGCUCUCGUUUAUCGAGAAAUGAUACGAUUAGAAAUUUUAAUUUCUUCAAAAACCGAUAAACAAAUAAUAGAGUAUUUACAAGACUUGGAGGUUUCUGAUCUUUCAUACGAUGUUGAAGAAUUAGAAAAAGUAUUAACUCAGGAGACCAAUGAUAAUGAAAUGCAACUUGGCAAUGUAAUUGCAAAACUUGGCCGUCUUGUAAUGGCCGUAAAGGAAAUUCAAAAUGGGCAAAAAGGUAUAUCAGUGAAUGCCCAAAAACUUCAAAAUAUGUCUUUGACAAUAAAGAACCACCUUACAUCUUUAAAAAAACAAUUAAGUUGCUUGAAUGAACUUUUUAAAAACGAUGUGGAAGAUUGUGAUCAAAUUUUGCUUUACAUUAAAUCUGAACCACAUGUUGAGUUUUGCGACGAGGAGGAAAGUAUACCGUUUAUUAGAGAAAUUUUAGGUAAGAUUAAAACAAAUUGGCAAAACAACAUUUUGAAUAUGAUUAAAGAGAUAGAAA